AUGAACCCCCACUCGCCGCCUACGAGCGCAAGUGGUUACCCGAACAAACGAGCGAGACAAAGUCCUCCAGAGCCUCCUAGUAUAUCUGCUGCGCUAGUUAAGAAUGAUAGCCCAAAGAUUGCAGCAGAGGAAAUUGUACCUGCGGAACCAAUACUAGUGAAGGCUGAGACAACUGCUGGUGGUAAGGCGGGACAGAGUAGCAGUUUUCGCAAUGUCAGCGCGUGUAACAGAUGUCGAUUGAGGAAGAAUAAAUGCGAUCAGAAUUUGCCCAGUUGUGCGAGUUGCGAGAAGGCGGGGCAUAAAUGUGUGGGCUAUGAUCCGAUCACCAAGAGGGAAAUUCCUAGGAGUUAUGUGUACUAUCUCGAGACGAGGACAGCACACCUCGAAUCCUUGCUAAUACAAAACAACAUUCCAUUUGCGCCAGCCGAAGUUCUGGAACACUCCCCAAAGCCAGGGACAGAUCCUGCGGCAGUACAAACUCCCAGUGAUGAUGGCAGAUCGGCAUUCAAUGGGGAUACGGCACUUGUGCGAAAAAAAGCGCAAGAUGAGGCGACAUGGAACAAGAGGCAGGACGAAUCCGAGAGGGUGAACAAACUGAUGUCAAAUAUUGAGAGUGUUUCGGUUCAAGGUGCUUCAGACAAGAGAUACUUGGGCUCAACAUCCGACAUAUCGUUUGCAAGAGUGGUGUUUGCAGCAGUGAGAUCUUCAGUGUCUGGUGCUGCUAGUGAUCAUAGUGGUGUGAGGCCUUCACGACCAGCAGGAAAUUCGAAAGCUGCUGCACAAGGGGGGACUUCGAUGCGUGAUUCAUUCUUUGGUUUGCAUACAAAACCUACGAUUAAACAAGCCCCUUUCCCUGAUAAGGAUGUUGGAAAGAGAUUGGUGGACUUCUAUUUCGAGCAUGCAAAUCCUCAGAUACCUAUAUUACAUCGAGGAGAAUUCAUGAAAAUAUUUGAGGAGGCAUAUGCGACUGGGGAUACCAAAAUUAGGACUCCUCGAGAACUCUAUAUGCUCAACAUUGUGUUUGCCAUUGGCGCUGGAAUUUUCCUUGGUGAUUCGGGCGCUCGAGAAGAGGCGGAAAAGACAAUUAAUGGCGACAAAUCAAAGCGCACAACCAGUGGCAAACAAAGCCAGCCUGAGGAAUAUCACGCCUCAGCAAUCGUUCAUCUCGAAGCAUGCCUCAGUUCUUCGGUAGAUAGAGUUGAUGGUUUCGGUGGCGGUUUGGAGGAACUCCAAGCUGUUCUACUCCUGGCAGGAUUCGCGUUAUUGAGACCUGUGGCUCCUGGUUUGUGGUACAUUAUUGGAGUGGCGGUUCGCUUAGCAGUUGAUUUAGGUCUGCAUUAUGAAGAUGGGAAGGAUAUUGAAGUUCCAAAAUUGGAAGUACCUGGAGUAAAGAACGAAGACGCGGAGACUGCAAGAUUACAUCGGGAGCGUACAAUGCGAGAACGAGGCCGUCGUGAAUAUAUCCGAGAUUAUAGGAGGCGACUCUGGUGGUGCACAUACUCCUUUGAUCGACUUGUUUCCACGUGCGUUGGAAGACCCUUUGGCAUUACCGAUCAAGUAGUGACAACAGAAUUCCCUUCAUUGCUCGACGACAAAUAUAUCACUCCUGCUGGUCUGCAGGACCCAGGGGUUGGCGGAUCAAGUUACAAGCAUGUGGCAUAUCAUUACUUUCGCCUGAGACUGCUGCAGUCUGAAAUUUUACAGGUAUUGCAGCAUCAACAAGCAUUGCAUGCGCGAGCGGGUGGUGCAAACUUACGCAAUCCUUUCAUGCAUACACAACUACCAUCUCCUUUCCUGGUGAAAUUUGAUAGCUUCCGUUCUUGGCGUAUUGACAUCGACAAACGCCUCUGGGAAUGGAAAACAUCGGCUCCUACCAAGCGGGACAUGGGUGUAGAGUUCUCAGUAGACUUUCUGGAGCUCAAUUAUUGGCAAUGUGUUAUCAUGUUGUAUAGACAAAGCUUGAGUGUGCCACCAAUGUUUGAAGGAGAAUUUAGCACCAGUGAAGAGGUUGAGAGUCCCAGUAUACAUAAUGUGGAGCUAAGAGAAGAUGAGGAAAGGGUCUUUUUGAAAGUUGCCGAGGCGGGACAGAGAGUUCUGAGAUUAUAUAGACAGUUGCAUCGAGUGCGACUUGUCAAUUAUACUUUUCUGGCUACGCAUCAUUUGUUCAUGGCUGGGAUCUCAUUCUUGUAUGCUAUUUGGCACUCUCAGGUUGUCAGAAGUCGUCUGACAAUGGAUGAAGUUGACUUUACAAUUUUGGCCGCGACGUCUGUCCUUGGGGAUCUCAUAGAUAAAUGUCCUCCGGCUGAAGCAUGUCGAGAUGCUUUCGACCGCAUGUCCAAAGCUACGGUUCAGAUGUGCAUGUCUACUACUGGUUUCGGUUCCGGGGCUCAGCAGGGACUUCAUUCAAGACGUCCCCAUCAUACUAGUGGGCAACAUCACCUACAAUCACAACCAGAUGAUUACUUCAAUGCCAACAGUUCUCGGCUUCGAAAACCGCCACAGUCUAAUCGCCCGAAGCCUCAGUUCGACAUGGGUCUCAAUGAUCUUUUUACUCCUCAGCCUCCUCCAAUUGGUACGAAAGGGCAUUCUAGGGAGACUUCUGUCAACAAUCAACCCAGGAAGAAUUUUGCCAAUGAAAGGCCAACUUCGAGAAAUGGCACGGGCUCGAAUAACGCAGUGAAGACGGAAUUUGAAACAUACAGAAAUGAUUCCAAUUCUUCACAAAUCAAUUCACCAAACUUUGCCAUCUCGCCUCCAUUUAGUAAUCUAGAUAACAACAUGAACCUCGAUCCAAACCUUUUUCCGAACCAGCAGAGUCCAGUGCAAGGAUAUACAUCAGCUCCAGGCCAAAGCCAAAAUCCGGACAUGUAUCAAUAUGAUCCUGCCAAUGGAAACGGUGGCAACAGUAACGCCUAUAAUUUUGAUUUUCAAAAUGCACCGGGGUUAAGCUUUUUGAAUUACGCGGGUGGGGGUUAUGGUGGUGCAGAAGGAUCGGGGGGAGAUGACUGGGAUUUAAGUGGAUUUGAUAUGGGAUUUGGAGAGAACUUGGGGGAUGUUACGACAGUUGGGGGUGUUGGAGCGGGUGGUGGACCGGCGGGGAUCAAUCUACUCGAUGAGUACUUCUUUGGAACGGGAACUUAA